CUCAACAUGCAGUGACAUUUACUUUUUAUCUUACAUUAUCGCAUUAGCAUAAUUUCAGUGAUCAAUGAUGAACUAUAUUGCGUUCGUUUUGCUUAUUUUCCCUGUAAAAGAUGCUGAAUUAAGUCACAUUAAAGUGACAUGAACCGCGAAAAAUACUUUAACUCCACAAGCGAACCUACUGGAAGCUAAACGGAAGCUAUCGAGCGCUGCACGAGAACUCGGCACAGGAAGAAGUUCAACAGCGGUUUGUCUCUGCAAAAAUGUCAUUGAGGUAUACAGUGAAGAUUGGCCUCGGCACUCUGGCCGUCAUCCUCAGUGUGGAGUGGCUGGACUGGCUGCUCCGCCGUCUGUGGUCCCGGCACAGCCGCCAGGGUCUGCUGAAAGAGGUGCUCUUCUUCCCAACAGCACUCGCCUGCGUGGAGCACCUCUUCACACCUGAUCCAAGAAUCACCAUCCCCUGCCCCUGCCCCCUGCCGCACGGCCUGGAGACCUCCUUCAGCCGCCUCCUGCGGCACCUCCUGUCGGCCCGCGCCUCCCUGGACCUGUGCGUGUUCGCCUUCUCCAGCCAGGAGCUGAGCCGGGCCGUGCUGCUGCUGCAGGCCCGGGGCGUGACCGUGAGGGUGGUCACCGAUAAGGACUACAUGCGCAUUACCGGCUCCCAGAUCGGCACCCUCCGCAACGCAGGGAUCUGUGUGAGGCACGAGAUGGGGGCCGUACACAUGCACCACAAGUUUGCGGUGGUGGACAGGCGGCGACUGAUCACCGGCUCCCUCAACUGGACGGUGACGGCCAUCCAGAGCAACAAGGAGAACAUCCUGGUGACCGAGGAGCCGGACCUGGUUCUUCCUUUCACCAAGGAGUUCCAGCAGCUGUGGGACUCCAAUGACCCAGCCCGACACUACCCCCCGGGCUACUCCACCCUCUGACGCACUGGCACACCCCAGGGAGAGCGCUCCCUCUGUUUAAUCGUCUGUGUGUUCUGACGCUGUGUAUCAUACAACUGUGGCCUGUAGUUUGGUCCUCCAGCAGCCAGAAGCCACUACAGUAUACUAAUAAAACAGCCCCCUCUCAUGCAGUCUGUAGAAUAGGCCUUUAGAGGACCUAUACCAGGGAUCUGCAACUUAGGGCUGAGAACUGCUGGUUUUCCACCCUCCCUUUACCUGGGAGUCAGGUGUGAAGACAGUCUGGCCAAUCAGUAGCACUAAUUACAUGGGAUGAAACCCACGUAGGCAUAUUGGAAUUGUUUAAAAGGAAGUGUUUUUGCCAUGUGAUAUGCAUGUACAGUACACUAGGUGGAUUUUGCUGCAGGAGCUUUUUCAAAGACUUUUAUAGAUGUUGCUUCAUUGGCAAAGUUCUCCAGUCAUAUCCUUUCCGUUAAGGCAGUACUUUGUUAGAUUGUGCAAUACUCACUAAGAUGAAUCUCUGCUUCAGUAAUUGUCAUUCAACCGCAGUUAAUUACUUUCUUACGUUUCAAUAUGAGUAAAUCUACAGGCAUGAAUUUUAUCAGCUUUCUGAAAAUGCAGGGACCUAUGUACAAUACAUUUAGCUCAUUCUGUCAAGUAGGCAUAACUAUUAACAAUGCCUUCGCAUCCUGUCUCCUCGAUUAGCAUAUUUGCAGUAUUUUGACCUUUUUUUAUCCCUGUCAUUAAAACAAUGGAAGAUAUUACUGCCUCCGAGCCUGAGAGUGAGUUGCUGCAGUGUGUUCGGGGAGCUGUAAAGACUUGCUCCUUGGAAAAACAAUACAGUGCUAUCAGUGCUGCAGUCUGGCCAGCCUCAUUUUCCCUGCCUGGAGCUGCACUUCUAUCAAGUAGGAACCUGAUUAAUGAAGGAGCAGCGUGUGACAGCAGCCAGGCCGCUGAGGUUGAGCAAGCGCUCAGGCAGGCCGCACUGCUCCCCCAGCCAGCAGACGCAGCCAAGUCUGGAUUCUCUGUAGACAUCGGAUGGCGUUCACCAUCGAUCUCUCACUGCAGGGGCACAAUGAAGCCAGUGUAUCAGGAACCUGAGGAUGAGGUGCAAGAUAUUGAAUUGGCGAGCUAUAUGCAGGCUUCAUUUUGUCAUAAACGCUGCUUGACCAAAGCUGAAAACUGAUGCUCCUCUGUGCACUCCUAAUGUAGUUUAGGUGGUUAAGCAUUUUAGAGGGCUGUUUGUGUGCACUGUAUACUGUACGUUCCAGACUGCGUAACAUAAACAAUGUGGCUAACUCUGGUAGCAGGCCUGCUUUUAGUGAAAUGAAAGCUGCCUCUGGCAGUUCUGAUCAUAAUGCACGAAUUCACGGCACCACAAAACUGCUGUUUGUGUCAGUAAUGAUCCGUGUGCUGAGAACGUCUGUUUAAGUGACGUGAUAAUGGAUUGUCCUGUAUGUACAUAAACGUUGUGAUAAGUUUCUUGCAUAACCUCAGGUUUUUACAACUGUCAGACUGUAAUUUGACCCCUUGUCUGUAGAAUUGGAUGGUAAUUUGUGGACAGGUGUUAAGUGGUGUGAUCUGACAGAAUGUGAUACUAAGCAAGGAGAGAUGGAUAGAUGAACAGUGUGCAUACUAUACAGUAUGUAUAAACCUAUUAUACUUCUAAGUGCAUAUAGAUAGGGGAAUGGUAGGUUUAAGAUAUUGCAGUUAUGUAGAAGGAACUGUUGAGAGGGAAUCCAAAACAAAUAAUCAAAUGUUAAAUUCUGGAUGGUAAACAUUUAAUUUAUUUGUGAAAACUGAUGGGAAGAAAUGGUAUUGUAAAUUAUGUACUGUAUUGUUUAAAUAUUGAUCGCAAAGAUUUGGCACUGUAAUCCUAAAGACACCAAGUUGCCUGCAAAUUUACACAGGAUAGGAUGUCUGUUGUGAACUGUUAGCCUUUGUGGAGUAGAAACAGGAAACGGUAAACCAGAACAAACAAUCAAAAAUAUGGAUAUCUGAGUAAAGAUUCAUGUACAGGACUGUACAGUGCACAUGAAACAUGA